AUGUCGUCGGCAAACCUCCCGAUCAUUGUCAUUGUCCCAGGUGCAUUUGGCACACCUGAAGGUUUCGAUAAACUGCUACCGUAUCUGACCGAAGCUGGAUACACCACACAUCCAGGGUCAUACCCCAGUUGCAACCCCUCCGAUCCAACCCAAGUGUCCUCUUCCCAGGAUAUCGCGCACCUGCGUAACAAUGUACUCCUCCCCCUUUUGAAUGAGAAUGGAAAAGAUGUUGUCAUCAUCGCACACUCAUACGGGGGUGUUGUUGCCGGUGGCGCAGCAAAAGAACUUGCAAAGGAAACCAGAGCAGCCCAAGGUCAAUCGACUGGCGUUGUUGGCCUUAUUUACGUGGUGGGCAAUAUCACGCUUGAGGGGGAAUCCCUCUUCCAGGCGGUAGGCGGCGCUUACCCUCCUUUCAUCAAAGUCGAUAAGCCAUCCCAGGGCCUUGCUGUCAUCGAACCGGCAAUGGACGUGCUGUACAAUGACUGCGACCGUGUCCUGGAGCCGGAAUUAGAUACGCUAAUGCAGCCACAUGCACUCCGCGCUUUUGAAACUCCCCCCACCGCCCCAGCCUGGGCGGAGAGUGCGUUUGAUGGUAGAAGGGCGUAUGUACGUACCCUGGAUGACUGUUGCAACCCUGCAUUUUUGCAGGACAUAUGGCUGGAGAAGUCCAAGGUUGAAUGGGAAGUUGUGGAUUUCAAGGCCGGCCACAUGCCAUUUGUGAGCCAACCUCAGGCGCUGGCAGAGCAAAUUACCAAGUUUAUCGAUGGAUUUAUUGCAAAAUAGAUAGAUCAAUACAG